UUUUUUUUUUUUUUUGGUAUUUUGGGGGUGUUUUUAUAAUCCGUUUUUAUCAAAAUAUUUGAGGAAAUGGAAUGGAGAAAAGAAGUCAAGAAAACAAAGCUGAGGAUUAUGUGGGUGAUAGUCAGAAUUUCUGAACMGCUGACAGUUUUUUCUGCAGCGGUGAUUUACUGAGGGAAGUUUGUCCUCUGUGUUCUGACAGUCUGCACAGAAAACCCUGAUGGAGAGUCCAGCUGUGACCCAGUCCACAGACCACAAACGAGUCAGCAGGUUGUACCCAUCGCUGCCCAGCACCAACAGGUUUGAGGUUUGCUUGCCGCUUGGUUUUGCCGGAGAAAAACUUCACACCAAAAAAUCGGAGUCUCCUCCUCGGUAUUUACCGGCAGACACACAGUCAGAAGAGCCCAUCAGCACCUAUGAGCGAACGAAAGCAGAGAUUUUUGUCUUGGAGGAGCAGAAUAAAGAGCUUCUCGCCAUCAAUAAGAAAUGGGCCAAAGAGUACAGAACAAUGGAGCAGUUCUACAGAGAGAAGGUCAAACUUUCGAAAGUGUCACGACACAACAAUCCCUCCGACGAGGAGAAAAGCGACAAAGAAGAGAGGCGCGUGGUGUUCUUUGAAGGAGAGGAAAACGUCAAAACAGACCGACAGACUAGAGAAGACGGAGCCGAUGAGCUGCGAGCUCAGAACAGAGCCCUGGCCCGCAGGGGGAGGCAUCAGCAGGAAGAGAUCCGACGACUCAACAAGGCUUUAGAGGAGGCUCUUCUGGCCUCCCGGCAGCGCGAGAGGAGCGGUGAAUCGUCACAAGACGUCUGGAAACAUCAGGCUGAACUGUACAAGGAGGACUUUAAGAAAGAGCGGGCAGACCGAGAGAAGCUGAAGGGAAAGUAUCUGGACCUUGAGAAGCGGUGUCAAAAACUUCACAGAGAGCUGAAUGUCCUCAAAUCUCAGGUGACAUUGCCGCGACCGGCACACUGCUGCUCCUGCACGAACCGGGUCAAAUAUUCAAACUGGGAGGUCAACCAGCCCCACACCUAGAAACAGACAUUUUUUCUCUACAGCAAACAGAGGAAGCUGACAUCCCUCUCAGAGUUGAUGUAGACUAAUUUAAAUGCACUUUAAUGGAAGUCUGAGAUGAUCCUGGUUAACUAAGUAACAUCAGGUCUGUGAAGAGAUAUCAGUUCCUGCACUGCCAAAACACUAGUUAAGAUGCCAUCUGACUUUGUUCAAAGGUAUUUCUGGAAAAAAAAGGAAGGAAAAAAAAACAUGGUCAUGUUUUAAAUAUGAGCUCAAGCCAUGCUGGGACCAUUAUUCUAUUCUCAAAACAGAAAUAAGUCUCCCAAAGAAAAGAAGAAAAAGCAUAAAGGAACUUUGAUUUUGUACAUUAUAUUUAUAUAAGUUUAAAGGAAUCGAUUGUAUGUGUACCUUCCUGUUUUUUGUUUAUUUAUGGUGAAAAUAAAGCMCUGAUGAUGUGUGA